AUGGCCACCAAUUACGGCAUCUGGCAUAAAACAUCCGUCGAGGCCGCCGAGGAGCAAGGCCGAGCUUAUCACUCCGUGACAACCACAAUUGCUGGGCAGAAACGACCUCGGGCUGAGUCUGCUCAUCCUAUUGCACCGAAACCGACAGAUUUGCCUCGCCACACCUCUCUAGUGCAGAGAGCGGCAAGUUUGCCUCCUGUGCCUCCAAAACUUACAGCGAGCCCGAUAAUCUCAUUGAGCCCGGCGGCCACUCAAGGUCCAUCUGAAUACACACAGCGGAGAGAAUUCCAGUCCACGCCUUCGUCAUCUUCGGAUCCGUUGCUUGCUCUUGCCCAUCCAUACUAUGGACUUCCUCGAUCCUUGGUCCGGAACCUUUACAGCCUGGGUAUCAAAAUAAUGUAUCCAUGGCAAAAAGCAUGUCUCCGCGGGCCGGGGCUUCUCGCUGGCGAAAGAAACCUCGUUUACAUUUUGAUGCUGAAGAGGGUGCUAGAGGAAAAGAACGCCAAAGUUCUUUUGGUUCUGCCUUAUGUUGCCCUCGUACAGGAAAAGGUCCGUUGGCUUCGAAACAUCGUCCAGGGUGUGAUGAAACCCAAAGAUGAGAUUGACGACGAGAAACGCAUCUGGAGGCGGCGGGCAGACGAAGACACGAUCAGGGUCAUUGGGUUCUUUGGAGGAAGCAAAAUCAAGCCUACUUGGUCUGACUUUGACAUCGGCGUGUGUACCAUAGAGAAGGCCAACGCACUUGUCAAUACGGCAAUAGACGAUUGCUCAAUCAAGCAUUUAAAGUCGGUUGUCCUCGACGAACUUCAUAUGAUCGACGAUGACCACCGCGGUUAUCUGAUGGAGUUGAUGGGCACAAAGUUGCUCACCCUGCCUCAGCCGGUGCAAAUCAUCGGUAUGAGCGCCACCAUGUCUAACAUCAGUCUCUUGGCUACAUGGCUGGGAGCACAUUCGUAUGAAACGCGUUAUCGCCCAGUACCGAUCGAAGAACAUCUUGUCUACGAGGGCAAUGUGUACCCAGCAACAACGACAAGUGAGCUGCUGAAGACGGCCAAGAACCUCAAUACAGCCACUCACCAGCCGGGAUCUAGAGCCACAAGACGCAUCGAACCUUCGAGUCACAAGGAAUUCCAAGAUCCCGUGCUCAAUGCUGUUAUUUCACUUGCUAGCGAGACUGCUAAGGCUGGCUACGGAGCGUUGGUCUUCGCCAGCAGUCGUUACGGCUGUGAAGCAGACGCCCGUUGGAUUGCCAAAGUCAUGCCGACGCAAGACGAGCUCGACCCUGGCCUUGUGGAGAAGAGGGUUGAACUCAUGGCUGAGUUGCGCAGUCUCGGGACGGGCAUCGAUCCUGUCCUGGAAGAGACGGUACCUAUGGGCGUUGCAUUUCACCAUGCUGGUCUUACCACCGAAGAACGAGACAUCAUCGCCAAUGCAUACGAUGCCGGGACCCUCAAAGUGUGUGUAGCGACAUGCAGCUUAGCAGCUGGCAUAAACUUGCCGGCACGACGAGUUAUCCUUCACAAUGCUCGCAUGGGAAGAGAUUUCGUGGGGCCAUCGAUGCUCAGACAGAUGCGUGGACGUGCUGGUCGCAAGGGAAAAGACGAAGUCGGAGAAACCUACCUGUGCUGCCGAAAAGAUGAUCUUGAGCAGGUUGUCGACUUGAUGCACGCCGAGAUGCCAAAAAUCACCAGCGGUUUGAUGACGGAUAGGAAGCGAAUCCAAAGAGCACUCCUGGAAGUCAUUGCCAUACGAUUGGCAACAAGCCGAGAUGCGCUGGACGAGUACAUAACGAAGACUCUGUUAAGCCGCUCUGGGCCUCUGGAGUCCCUCCAAGACUGCGUCGAGGUCAGCCUCAAAAAUCUGACAAACAUGGGCUUUGUGUCCGUGGACGUUUGCGACAACUAUCAGCCGACAAAACUUGGGAGGGCCAUUGUAGCCUUUGCAUUGGAUCCUGACGAUGGUGUCUUUAUCCACAAGGAACUGGAAAGGGCGCUUCAAGCAUUUGUUAUGGAUGGAGAGAUGCACAUCCUUUACACUUUUACGCCCGUCCAGGACUCUGGCACCAACAUCAAUUGGCAGGUUUUCAGGAACGAAGUGGACAAUAUGGAUGAAAGUGGCCAUAGAGUUCUCGGCUUCCUUGGGCUCAAGCGUGCUGUGAUCAACCGGUUGGCGCAGGGUAGCACACUCAAAGAGACGACUGCCGAGGAGAAAGAGAUGGUUCGUGUACACCGUCGGUUUUACAUGGCCUUUCAAUUACGAGACCUGUGUAACGAGAUGCCCAUCCACGUUGUGGCGCGAAAGUACGAUGUGCCGCGCGGUGCUGUCCAAACCCUAUCCCAAACUUGCAACGGGUUUGCGGCUGGAAUGAUCAAAUUCUGCGAACAUAUGGAUUGGGGCGUUAUGUCUGCUGCACUAGAUCACUUUUCAGAUCGUUUAAGAGCUGGGGCAAAAGCCGACUUGCUGGCCUUGGCCAGAAUUACGUUCGUGAAGAGCCGGACAGCUAGAGUCUUUUGGGAGAACGGGUUUCGCAGCAUUGCGGCCGUCGCAAAUGCUGAUCCCAAUGAGCUUUUGCCAAUCCUGAUGCAGGCUCAACCGAGUAAAUUGCGUAUCAAGGAACAGGAAAGCAUCAAAUACGAAGAAAAACUCAUGGCCAAGGCCAGGGUCAUCUCGGACUCGGCCAACCGACUGUGGCGUAUUCAAAUGCAACAGGAAGUCUAUGAGGAAGAAUGA